ACAAGGCAUCAUUUCGGUGUGGAUUGUAGCCGAAAAAAGAAGAGGAUAAUUUUUCGAUGUCAUUUUAAUUUUGUAAUUUUAUUUUGCAUUUUGAAAGAGGCUUUUGCAACAUUUCGGGGGCCUUUAUGCAAUUUCAACGAAGACUCAAAAACAUCGAUUUAUAAUUUCGAGAAAAUGGGGUUUUUGCGAUACAUACUGGGGCCCAAACUAUAUAUGGAAUAUGGUAUGGGCAUGAAAAUGUAUGAGCCAAAUGGCUUGGAGAAAUUUGGCGAUCAGAUUUUGUCCACGCUUAAUUUGGUGUGGAAUAUUGGAUUCUAUAGCUCCCCAAUAAUAGCCACAUUGCUAUAUCGUCGUGGCUAUUUUGUUAUGGAUUCCAUAGCCACACUGGCAAAAAUAAGCACUAGCGUUGGUCUUAUCGUUGUCAUAUCUAUGAUAAUGAGGGGCUUAGGGCGAUCACAAUCAGCCUCAUACACGAAAAUGAUUAAAGCCAUGGAAAUGUUGAAAUCACCCAAAACUGAGGAAGAAGGAAAAAGGGCUCUUAGGUUGUUUGAUUUCGAAUUUAAAAGUUGGACUGUUGACUUUGAUAUAAAAAACUUGCAAAGUGAUGACAAGAAGAAAUGUCAAACAAUGGCAAAAAACUCCACACGGUCAUUUAGAUUUGCAACAUUGCCCUGUGAAAUAGCAGCAUAUCUUGCUAUACAAACAUUCGGUAUAAGAAUGAUAUUUCCUGGAUCUGUUAAACUUUUGCAAAGCUAUAUGAGACCAAUGUUAAUAUCCGGUCGUGCCAAAUUAAUCGAAGAAGAAAAUGGGAAGCGCCAUAAAAUUCGAACAAUAGAUUCCAAUGACAUCGAUACAAUAUUUGUGGACAAUCGUGAAAAGAGUCCAAAUGGAAAAACUUUAGUCAUAUGUUCAGAAGGCAAUGCUGGGUUUUACGAGAUUGGCAUAGUUGGUACACCACUGGCAUUAAAUUACUCAAUAUUGGGGUGGAACCAUCCCGGAUUUGAAGGCAGUACUGGUACACCAUUUCCGGACCAAGAUAAAAAUGCAAUCGAAGCAGUUGUACAAUUUGCAAUAUAUGAGUUGGGUUUCUCGGUCGAGGAUAUUAUAUUGUAUGGUUGGAGUAUCGGAGGAUACGCAUCCUUGUGGGCGGCAUCAUGUUUUCCAGAUGUUAAGGGUGUUAUAUUAGACGCCACUUUCGAUGACAUUUUGUAUUUGGCACAACCCAGAAUGCCUGAAAGUUUAGGUGGUGUUGUGCGUAUUGCAAUACGUGAUUAUUGUAACCUGAAUAAUGCUGAGCUGGCUCAGAACUAUCAUGGACCAAUAAGUUUGAUUAGACGAACUGAGGAUGAGGUUAUAGCAGAAGAUAACCAACUUGAUACCAACCGAGGAAACUUCUUAGCUUUGAGCAUUUUAAAAUAUCGGUAUCCCUUCAUAUUUCAAACAUCACAAUUGAAUAGGUGUAAGCAGAUACUUUCUAAACCCUUGGAAAUACGUAAUUAUACAGCAUCAGAUGAUGAUCUCUGUUUAACACGUCUAAUAACUUACGCCUCCGAUCAGGGUAAGAAGUACCCAAUGUCCAUAGGAGAAGAUUACACUGAUGAAGUACGCCAUCAAAUGGCCGAAUUUUUGUUGCGAAAACAUUUUCGAGAUUUCAAGUCAACGCAUUGCACUCAAUUGCCUACCGAAUAUUUCAACAUUCCAUUUGACAUACCGGUGGAACAAGGAUUUGUAUUUACCUAAACUGAAGGGUUGGCAGAAUGUUUAAAAGAAGCUAUAUCUUUAAUUAUAAGCAUUUUUUAAUUAUAAUGUAAUUAUUUACUAGUAUCUUUACGUCAUAUUAAUUUUUUUGCUAUACUCUGUUAUUCAAAUUAGCGACAGCUACAGUCAAUGCUAUCCAUUUGCUUACUACUGGAUUUUUCUUUGGAAGAUGAGUACUUUAAGGUGGAUUUGUUAGUUUCAAAUAAUAAAAAUUAUAUUAAAAAUGUUU